UUCGCGCGGCCCCGAGAGCUCUCGCGUUUAAAUGCCUCCCUUCCCUCGCGACGACUCGUUGCUUUGCAUACUGCGUGUGUACACAUAAAAGAAAAUAAAGCGCCGAUGGGAUAUAUACCUACACACAAGUAUACGCAGGUUCGCGCGUAAGAGGGGAAAUGCAAAUGAUGCGCUUUCCGUUUUGUCGUCUGCUGUGUUGGCCCGACGACCCGACCAUUUGGUAUAGAUGUGUAUAUAUCUCAUCAGCGCGCGGUGGUGGUGGCCCGUAUAGCAGCGCGCGCGCGCUCUUUCUCUCAUUUUAAAUAUAACGGUGUAUAAAUAAGUAUGAGCAAUAGCGGGAGUACGCGAGGCUGUCUCGCUCACCGCGGACCUCUCUCUCUCUCUAUCUCUCUCGCUCAGGUCUCGCGGAGGAGAGAAGAGUGUAUAUAGACAAGGAAGGAAGCUGUAGCAGCGGAGCAAGUAUAAAAAGAGAAAGUGGGGAGUCGCAGAGUGGAAGCAUAUAUAUAUAUAUAUAGAGAGAGAGAGAUACAGUAUAUAGGCAUGAUCCGGUGGAUGCCCUCCCAGGCCUUGAUACAUCGGUUUCUGGAAUACGAUGACCCUGGCGAGACUGCUUGUCUCUUGUCUCUCUGUGUACAGCCUGAACUCGCUCAGUAAAAGAGAGAUGCUCUGAGUAGCAGGUUCAGCUCUCUUUCUGGCUCUGGCUGGCUUGUCAGUCGAGUGGAGGAGCUUGCUGCGGGCACUGCUGCUGCUGCUGCUAGUGAUCGUGCUCCACUGAUGUGAUAAGUUGUGUUGAGAGAGUUCCACUGUAGCUCACUUUUGGCUUGUAGAAGCCUGGCAGGUGUGAGCCGAGCAGAGCAACUCUUUGUACUAGCUGGAGAGUUUUUGCGCGAAGGCGAGUGAAAGAUUGCGCCAGUUGAAGCGCGAUGCCGCAUCUCACCGAAACUUCGCUACAGCUCGGUAAGGAGCCCGCCACGAUGUUCAAGGAAUUUUUCAUAUUCGCUGCGGAGCUGGCGUGUCUCUUCAAUCAGGGGCGAGGAGCGUCGCUGCAUCAGACAUGAGCCGACGACUCUCAAUCAAACAUGUUCAAGCGUGGAUUGUUUUAUAUCCCUGUAAAAGGAUUUGAUAUUCGAAAAGUAUCUGUUCCUAUGAGCAGCUCUUGCUCGAUACACUGUGAUGGAAAGGACACUGACAAGGCUGGCUCAAAGAGGAUGGAGUACGAGGUGUUCCUGGGCGGUUCCUGUAACCCAACCACCUGGAGAACCGACAUCGCCAUCCCGGCGCUGCAGAGCCUCGGCAUCACCUAUUUCAAUCCCCAAGUGGCGCAAUGGGGUCCGGAGCUCGUCGCCCAGGAGUACGAGGCGAAGAAGACGGCCCGCGUGUUGUUCUUCGUCAUAGACGACAGGACGCGCAACACCGCGGGCAUAAUCGAAGCCGCUGGUUUAGCCGGCACCAGGCGCGAGUCCCUCGUCAUCGUCAUUCAUCCCUACAGACAGGGCCAGAGCAUCUUCGGCGAGACCCUCUCCAACCAAGAGUAUUACGAGCUGAUGAACGGACUGAUGGUGCUUCAGUAUCUCAUGGAGAGGAUGAGGAUACCGAUUUUCGAGAGCAUAUCGGCCGCGCUCAAUUGUACGUCCAAGAUUAUUCGCAAUGCCAUCAACGUUCAAGAUUUGCAUGCCGAGGACGGAAUCAGGCCACCUAGAAUCUCAUUCGGUCAACACGGAACUGACGUCACAAAACUCAGAGAAGCCUUCAAAUCUCUGGACUCCGGUGACACGGGAACGAUAAGUUUGGCCGAGGCCUUGAUGCUCCUGCAAAACAAUGGCAAGUGCAACAAUUUAUCGAUUUCCGAUUUGCGCAACGUUGCUAACAAAGCUGAUACGCACGAAAAGUCAGUGAUAGAAAAAUUGUCGAGCAACGGCGACAACCUUCGGGAGCAGCGCGUGAACUUCGAACAGUUCUGCGCGAUAGCCAGCGAAUGGUCGUGGCGCUUCAAGAAUAAUGGAGUCAACUGUGAAAGUGAGAUACCUUCAGUUUGGCGUAUAUUAUGUAGGAAGGCCUCAAAGUUUCUGCGCAGAGCUUUCGUACACCCUUUUAAUCGUUUCCUAGACUGGACCAAUUCCAUUAUAUCAGAUACCGAUAAACGGGAUCUAUAUGUCGGCGUCGUGGGCAAGGAUUUGAAUUGGUUGGAAUCGUCCGCAGUGCCUUUAGUUGAGUCCAUGGGCUUAACACUUCAUCGUCCAAGUACAAAUGAGUAUAGUGCUCGAGUAUUACCUCUGGAGUUACAGCGCAUGAAAAAUUCACGAUUGAUAAUGCUAGUCAUACCGCAUCACGCACGCGGUAUUGCAAUAAUGGCAUUAGCUGCUCACUUGAUCGGAUUGCGCGCUAAACUCGUCCUCUGUGUUCAAGCUCUCCCCGAGGGUUUUUCCGUGUCUGGCGAAAAAUUGACGGAGCAGGCAAUAAAAGACUACAAUAGAGGUAGAAUAUAUUUGUCAGACAUGGCGACGCGCGAAGGUGUACCUGUUUAUGAAAAUAUCGGCGAUGCUCUGCAGCACGCGAUACAAAUAGUUCAAAGUCCAUGCUGACUCUUAACAACACUCGUACUUUUUAAUAUUUAAUCAUGCAAUCUUCACAAACACAUGCACAUUUACAUACACUUACACAAACAAAACCUUAUAGUAUAAGCGUUACGAAGAAUUUGACAAACUAAUUUAUUUUUUAUUUUUUAUCAUUUUAAUCGCUGCGACCAUCUACCAUUGAAAAUUUUUUGUACUGAUCGAUGCUAAUCUCUCUAAAAUAUUGCUAAUAAGACCAUCUUAAAUUAUAAGUCCUAUACUAGCGAUAAUAAUGUAUUUCGAAAGUUGGACUUAAGUCUUUCAUUGGAGUAUCAACGGUAGAUGGAGUUUUUUUAAUCAAAACUUGUAUUUGUCAAGUUGACCAUUACACUGUAAACUUUUAAAUUUUGUUUUGGAUUGAUUGAUACUUUCUUGUACAUAGUUACAUUAUCAAUUAAUUCUAACGGAUUUAAUAAUCAUUAAUGAUUUUCGAUCUGAAAAAUCAAGAGUGAAAGCGAUCGUGUUAAAGAUGUAUGUUUUUUAGAAAAAAAUUCAGAUUUACGUGAGGGAACGUAUGGGUGACAAAUUUCGUAACACGAAGAAAACGCAAUCUCAAUUAUUUUUAUUUAUAAUUAGUAUGCAGCGUCAUCAAUAUCAUCAUAUGUAAAAUAUUCGUACGAUGUAAGGACGGUGAAGAGAAACAUUUUUUUAGUGUUCGGUGGUUACGUGCUUAAUUAAUUAAUUCAUCAGACUCUAUUUCGGUUCACAUACACACAAAUUCAUAGUUCACGUGAUUUUUGUAUUUUAUUUUUCGAUUAAUUUUUUUUAUGCGUCCAGCAACGUAUCAAGUGUCUUGUAAAAUUAAACAAUGUAAAAAAUCAGCAUUUAUAACGUUAUGUAAAAGGUAAAUUAUUUUCGGCUUUGGCUCGAAUAAAUCAUAACCCAGUUUGAUUAGGUUUUUUACCUCUGCAUAAUUUUGUACGCGAGGUGUUUUGUGGAACAAGCUUUUUAUAUUUUAUUUGUAUCAAAUAAAUAAAAGAAAAAAAAUAAAGACACAAGUAGUGCACAAA